AUAUUCAAACAACUUUUUUUCUACUUUCUUCUUCAUACAGUUUCUCCCAUUGCUGUUGGAAAAGUGGAGUGUAAAAAGCCUGUCUUUGUUACCCAUGGUUGGAUUAUGAGUUCCGCAGGUUCAAGGAAGGUGGACACCCUCACAGGCCUGAACUAGCCUCCACACUCUUAAACAUUAUGGCCUCAGGCCAACCAUACUGGGAUCAACACCAUGACCAUGACACCAUGGAUAAGCUGUUUUUUGGAUUUGGUUCGGAGUCCAUGGACCACAGCUUGAGAAUGUAUCAACAAAACUCUGCAAACGUGGGCUUUGAAAGAAGGACGUCUGGCUCUUGUUCUCCUCAAUGUCUAUCUCCCAAGACUCCCAAUCCUACACAGCUGCUGUUUUCCUCUCAGUGCCACCCACCUGCGGGAGACCAGGUGGUUCCGUCCUUACAGAAACUGUCAGUUUAUGAACACAUGCCCCCUUGUUCGCCCACGAGAACAACUAAGCCCCUCCCACCCCUCCCGGACAUGGACGACCAGUCCUCUGAUGAAGCAGAAGACAACGAGGUGGAGUUUUUUUCCAGCACCUCUGAGAGCCAGUGUCUAGUGCCUAAAACCUCGUCUUUCCAGUAUGGCUUACCGGGGAGGCGCAGUUUUCGGGGAAACGGUCAGGUAAACUUUGCAUAUCAUGAAGGGUUACGAGAACAUCAAUGCGGGGUGAAGCCUCAGUGGGAGCAGACAGUAACGCAUAAUCAAGACAGACCCCAGCGCCGGCUGCAUCGCUCCUAUUCUGGCCCUGCCGGAUCCUUUAAGGCCGCCAACUUCUGGCCGACCAGCCUUCACCUUUCUCCCCACAGCCACCCGCAGGAGAAACCUGAAGUCCCGCCUCGCGUCCCAAUCUGUCCUCGCUUCAGUGAGAGCACGGACAGCAGGUGGCGGUCAACCGAUGACUUUGAUGUGGACAAACCUCCCAAAGUGCCGCCCAGGGAGCCCAUCCCUCAGGUCAUACCGCGUGCCAUUAGUCCAAAAAGUCUCCCGAUUUACAUCAACGGGGUAAUGCCUCCUACUCAGAGCUUUGCUCCCUAUCCGGAGUAUGUCAGUAAGGCUCAACACAAGCAGAGCUGUGAGGGCUUGCCGGCUCCCCGUAGCCCCUGUAUUCUACCCAUCAUGGAGGAUGGUAAGCAAGUCAGCAGUACCCAUUACUUCCUCCUUCCUCAUCGGCCUGAGUACUUAGACAAGUUUGAGAGGUUUUUCAAAGAAUCAGACUCCUAGUGGUUAUUAGUGAUUGAGUGGUUAGAAUCUGAAGUUUGCUUGUUUAAAGUGG